CCGAGGGCCACGUUGCUUUUGCGGUGCCGGGUAGCAAGGUCUCAGCCAUGGCUUCCGCGGACUCCCGGCGGAUGGGGAAUGGCGGCAGUGUCGGGGGCGCCUUCCAGCUCUACCUGGACUCCUUGCGGCAGGAACUGCGGCAGAGGGACCCGACGCUGCUGUCAGUCGUGGUGGCGCUCGUCGCGGUGCUGUUGACGCUGGUGUUCUGGAAGUUCAUCCGGAGCAGAAGGGGCAGUCAAAGAGCUGUUCUUCUUGUUGGCCUUUGUGACUCCGGGAAAACAUUGCUUUUCGUCAGAUUGUUAACAGGCCUUUACAGAGACACUCAGACUUCCAUCACUGACAGCUCUGCUGUCUACAGAGUCAACAAUAACAGGGGCACUAGCCUGACCUUGAUUGACCUCCCUGGCCAUGAGAGCUUGAGACUUCAGUUCCUAGAGCGGUUUAAGGCUUCAGCCAGGGCUAUUGUGUUUGUUGUGGAUAGUGCAGCCUUCCAGCGAGAGGUGAAAGAUGUGGCAGAGUUUCUGUAUCAAGUCCUCCUUGACAGUAUUGGUCUGAAGAACACACCAUCAUUUUUAAUCGCUUGCAAUAAGCAAGACAUUACAAUGGCAAAAUCAGCAAAGUUAAUUCAGCAGCAGCUUGAAAAAGAAAUCAAUACUUUACGAGUCACCCGUUCUGCUGCCCCCAGCAUACUGGACAGUUCCAGCACUGCCACUGCUCAGCUGGGAAAGAAAGGCAAAGAAUUUGAAUUCUCACAGUUGCCCCUCAAAGUGGAGUUCCUGGAGUGCAGUGCCAAGGGCGGAAGAGGGGACACUGGCUCUGCUGACAUCCAGGACUUGGAGAAGUGGCUGGCUAAAAUCGCCUGAGGGCCAGAUCCAAACACAAGACGCGAAUGUGUGUGUGUGUGACUGACAGUUUUGGAAAAGGAUGUGGUAGUCUGGAGUUGAUAAAGAAGGGGUACAAAUAUAGUUAGCAACUUUUCCUUGUUCUGGAAACAAAUUAUUGUUGAAACCAGUGUGGAAGUUUUUAAGUUCAGUUCUGCCUUGUUGCUUUGAAGCUAGUUAGUUUGAUUUGAUUCGUGUCUUCCCUUUUCAAAGUGUAUGUAAGGUCUCUUUAGCAUAUGCUUGAUGUAAGGUCAAGGUCUAACAAGCCGACCUCACGUAGAGAGGAUAUUAUCAUGAGAAUAUAAUAUCAUCUAAAAUGUUUUCUUGUCCUCUGCUUCUGUGCUUUGGUCUCUUUUUCCUGGAAACAAACCUGUCUGUGUAUGGAACUGGGUGAUUUCCAAUUGCCUUUGACAUUCAUGGGCAGUACAUCAUCUAGUCCUCUGUGAAUUUUCAGAUUUGUAGAUGCAAUUACAAUAUCGUUUCCGACAUGUGAAGGAAGGUUGAAAACAGCAGGGCUGUGUUGACAGUGGUCUGUUCUUCAUCAGCUCAGUGACUUGUCCACACUCCAGCCUCAUAGCACUUAGGUUUCAAAAACAUGUUGUGAACCCUAGGAGUCGUCCCCAGGUGAUAGAACUAUAAGUGCUAAAUCCCCAAAUGCCACUGAAAUGUACACUAGAAAUGUACAUUCUAGUGGUUUCCCUUAACUGGGGAAUAUAUGGAGAUUUAGAAGCUAUUCUGUUUUUCUGGAUGCAUGAGUACUCCUGGGCUAUCUUCAUGUGCUGUUUGAUGAGCUCCUAUUUUGUACUGUCAGCUUGAAUGCUGUGGAACAAAUACAAAAUGAAAAAAGUUCUCUGUAGAUUUUUAAAGUGCAUAUUCACUGAUGGUUUAAAAAAAAAAUGGCGUUUUCAAAGUGAUGUUCUUUGCUGUCUUCUUAAAUGUAUGGCUUUUAUAAAUGAUUAAUACAUUUCUUGGUAAACAAAACAGCCUGUCUAGCUUAAAGCAUUUAAAUAGAGUGGUAGAGUAGGUACAAGUGGGAGCACGUUUUAGGAUUCAGGCCCAACUCCAGGUUUCCAGGGCCUAAUGAUUGCAGUGUACAUAAGAACAAAGUCUUCAAUCCCUACCUCACACACUCAGGGACAAGCCAACUAAAGCCUCAAAGGAGACAAGGGUGGCUGUGGAUAAGUGAGACACUAAUCGCAGAGCAGUGCGGGAAGAGCAGUAACAGGAGAGGCGCAGGGCGCUCCAGGAGUGUGCAGUGGGGCGCCUAACCCAGUCUUGAGGGAUGGGGAGAGGCAAAGGAGAAAAGCAUGGAGCUGAUGACAUCCCAGUGAGUGUGGCCCCCACGUACAUACACUACGGCCCAGGCCUCUGCCUGCUGUCUCCCCUUCCUGUGUGUCACUCUGGCUCCGAGUGAGGGGACCCCAGGGCCCCCUCCUCCCCCGCCCGCACACCCUGCAUCACACACCUUGCUUGCUGGAGUAUGAAAUAAACCCAAGCUCACGCGGAGAAGAUGUUAAGAGUCUGACCGUGGCAGGGUUCUUAUUGGGAAGCCUUACUGCUGCUAAUGUUAUUACUGUCUUUUGGACUCUUUCUUGCCCUUUCCUUAUUAGCCAAGUAGUAAUUUAAGGAAGUGGGUAAGAUCAAUGAACCAGAAGCCCAAAAGGAAUGUGAUGAAUGUGAUAUGUUCACAUAAUCAUAGGUAAUGCUCACCUGAAUAAACAUCAAUGGCUUGAUGCUUCCGUUAA